AUGCUUGUUUAUGUGGAUGACAUCAUCCUUACGGGUAACAAUCCUACUGCCAUUGACAACAUUGUCAACCGAUUGAGUACAACCUUUGCAGUUCAGGAUAUGGGUCCCCUCUCUUAUUUUCUUGGGAUAGAGGUGACUAAACAAGGACCUGAUCUUAUUCUAUCCCAAAGAAAGUACAUCUUGGAAAUUCUUCAAAAAGCUGGACUAUCUCAUGGUAAACCUGUUGACACCCCCAUUACCACAACCGCCAAUUUAGCUCUUGGGGACAGUCCGUCGUUUAAGAACCCUAUACGAUAUCGUCAGGUCGUUGGGGCUCUACAAUAUGCAACUUUAUCUAGGCCAGACAUUAGUUAUGUUGUCAACAAAGUAUGCUAA